AGGGGUCGAGAGUCUACAGUUUUAACAAAUAUACAGUAGUUGGCCAGAAUAUCCCAUUUGUUGUCCUAAAAGCACUGCAGAAAAAUCAUUCUUAUUUUGGAAACAUUAGUUGGACAUACAUUUGGGAAUUGUCCUUUUCACGUCACCUGCUGCAAAAUAGUUUACGACACCUGGAAGGCUAAAUGCAGGGGGAAAAAACGGAAGUUGAACUGCCUUAACGUCGACAGUUGUAAAUAGAUAGCGAAUAGCAUUGCAUUAGUCUUUGUACAUUUUACGGGCAACUUUCUUAUGUCAUGUUUAUAACUAGUACCUUCUCGGAGAACUGAGUGAACACAUAAAGGGGAGAAAUGUUUUACCAUAUAUCACUGGAACAUGAAAUUUUACUUCACCCGAGAUACUUCGGUCCCAACCUCUUAAAUACCGUGAAGCAGAAGCUUUUUACUGAAGUGGAGGGUACAUGCACCGGAAAGUAUGGCUUUGUCAUCGCAGUCACUACCAUUGACAACAUCGGGGCAGGAGUAAUCCAAUCAGGCAGAGGGUUUGUUUUGUAUCCAGUCAAGUACAAGGCAAUUGUGUUUCGGCCAUUUAAAGGGGAGGUGGUGGAUGCUGUUGUGACUCAGGUUAACAAGGUCGGUUUGUUCACAGAAAUUGGACCCAUGUCUUGUUUCAUCUCCCGUCACUCAAUCCCUUCAGAAAUGGAGUUUGAUCCCAACUCUAACCCACCAUGUUAUAAGACAGUUGACGAGGACAUUGUGAUCCAGCAAGAUGAUGAGAUCAGGCUGAAGAUUGUGGGAACGAGAGUCGACAAAAAUGACAUUUUUGCUAUUGGAUCUCUUAUGGACGAUUAUCUCGGUCUUGUGAGCUGAUCUGCAUUGGAUGAGGUGUUGUCUUUGUGUUUUUUAAGUGGAAAUUUGGUGUUAUUAAAAUGUUUUAUUAAUGUUUUUGUAUUUUUUAAUUUUGUAAUAGAUCAGUAUGAUAUCAUGUUAUUAGCAAUCCACUUCUAUUCCCAUCAUCACUAGUAAGUCACUUUACAUUUAGUGCUGAGGUUUUUUUGGGGGGUUGUAAUUGUGCCGCUCAAAUGUGUAAUUUUUUCAUUUGUUUUUACUUAUUUGGUAUAGGUAUGGAUCACUGCAGUUAUUGGUAACCUACUUCUAUUUCCACCACUGUCAUGAGUAACUAGUUUUAGUUUUCUGGUCUAUCUUUUGUUCAACAAUGUAGAUUUUUUUUCCCCAUCAUGAAACACAGGGCAAACGUUUACAUCUUUUUUUUUUUUCCACUAUAACACGCGAUGAAUAUUAAACCUUGUACUUUACUGUGUGAAUAUGAUUCUGCAUUGUUUUAAUAAUUUCAUGGGGAUGUUUGACUGAGUAUCAGGCAGAAAACAUGGGUUACAAUGUUGAAAUAUUUGGUUUCAAAAUUUUAUAUAAAUCAUUUCUUCAACAUAUGA